ACUAUUUCUCAUCACAAUAACCAUUAACACAAGCAAUUCACCAAACACCUAACGUCCACUUUUCAUAACCAUGGCAGCAACGUCCCGGAAGCUAGAAAUCACGGUCAUAUCCGCCGAGAACUUGCAAUUAGAUCGAAAACCCAUCAAGAAAAACGCCUCUGCGACCGUCCGCGCCCAAAAUGAGAGCCAGUUUCGCACCACGGACAUGGACACCGAAGGCGGCGCCUACCCCAAGUGGAACGAGAAGCUUGUGCUCGACUUGCCAAUGCAGGCGAGGUCCUUGACGGUGGAGGUUCAAUGCAAGACUUCUUACGGAGUCAGGACGAUCGGAACGGCGAAGAUUCCGGUGUCGGAUUUCAUGGGCGACUAUGUGCCUGAGGGCUACCUGCAUUUUUUGAGUUACAGACUGAGAGACCGCAGGGGAGAGAGGAACGGGAUUGUGAAUAUUUCGGUGAGGAUGAAGGUGCCGGAGUUGAAAGCAUGUGCUACGACGUUGUCUCAUUCGAGCAUGGGAUUUCCGGUGGGAGAUAGCAGCUUUGGCGGCAGUGGCGUGGCGACUGGAAUUCCGGUUCGGUGCGGGGCGUAUCCGAGAAAUUAUUGAAGAAAAAGAUUGGUUUACUUGUCACAAAUCACAAAUUUUUGUUUGUAAAUACUGGAGUAAACUUUGUCCAACUACGAACUCACAAUGUUCAUGAAAUUUUAUGCAACAAUUUUAUUCAUUUUUACAUUACCUGAUUGGAUUAUACUCAUGCUUAACCAAUCUUUAUAUUAUCGGUCAAAUGACAUUCAUACUAAUCUUUCUAUUGUCGGUGAA